CAUAUAAUAAGUUAGCCAGUACAGUACAGAUGAUGAUAUGAAAAAGAUUGGCCAGUAAAACUAACUAUUGUAACACAGCGUAAUCAGUUUGGGUCGAGUUCUCGUAGAAAAUUGCGAUUCUUCGUCCGUAUUUCCGAGCGAGUUUGUGUGGAUUGCAUAACACACAAAGAAAGAUAGAGAAGGGCAUCAAUAACAAGUUGCAAGUUAAACCGGAAUCCGUAUGCGAAGAAGUAAAGAAAAUCCAGAAGUUGCUCAGUUUUUACGUAAAAAAAAUAUUUAGAUAGAAAAUAAAAGACAAGACAAGAUUUCUUUAAUACUGGAUUAAUUCCUGAGCCAAACACAUUUUGAUAAGGUUGAUUCGCUGCCAACUACAAUCUGGAACUUGUGUUAUGUAGUGAAGUGAAUUUACUGAAUAUUCUGUCUGAAAGUGCGAUUUGAAGGAUUGUUACAUAACAAUUGCAUAAGUGCCCAAAAUAAGUUCCCAAAAAUGUCGAAUCCUGACGGGGAGGGGGAGCUGCAUCACGUCGAGAAAUCGUCAGUGACCGUCGUCGCUCCAGGUGAAACUACGUUCAAGGCGAUCGGACCGAGACCAAUUGGACAAAAGAAAAAAUACAAAUUUGUCGAACCACCCGGUGUGACGACGUGGAUUACGUCCUUUGUGAAAAAGUGUCUUGUUUGCGGUCUUGUCUACACGUUAGGAUAUUUCCAGGUUUCGGUAGGUUGGUUAGUGGGGCCAAUUGUCCUUUUAGUGGUCAGAGAUCAAUGGAGGCGUCACCACGAUGCGCAACGGGCGUUAGCGGCUGCAUCCGCCCGUGGCGACGAGAGAGAAAUUGUGCUUGCCCGUCUUGGCGACAAUUUGCCUUCUUGGGUAAUUUUUCCCGAUGUUGAACGAGCAGAAUGGCUUAAUCUCAUUCUAAAACAAUUAUGGCCACGAAUCAACCACUACACGUACGACAUGAUCAUCCAAUCCAUUGAGCCUGGACUUCGUGAAACUCUUUCCAACAGUUACAAAUUAGGAUCGUUUCGUUUCGAAAAAGUAAUUCUUGGCGAUACUCCAUUACGAAUUCGUGGAGUGAAAGUUUACGAUGAAAAGAAAACGGACAGGAACGAGAUUAUUAUGGAUUUGGAUGUCAUUUACGCUGGAGAUUGCGACUUCAGAUUUUCCGUGGCUAAAAUUCAUGCCGGCAUAAAAGACUUACAGCUUAGCGGAACAUUACGACUCGUCAUGAAACCUUUGAUCAAUCAAAUGCCCAUGAUUGGAGGUGUGCAAUAUUUUUUUUUGAAUCCACCAUCCUUGGAAUUUAACUUAAUCGGAGUUGCCGACGUCUUCGAUAUGCCCGGAUUGUCCGAUUUGAUUAGAAGAAUUGUUUCCGAGCAAAUUAGUAACAUGUGCGUCUUGCCGAAUAAAAUGUUUAUUCAGUUGAGUGAUGCCGUCAACGCACGUGAAACUUGUGCCAUGCAGCCUCAAGGAGUCGUCAGAAUAUGCGCUAUUGAGGCUCGAAAUUUGAUGAAAAUGGAUGUCGGAGUAUUAGGAAUGGGAAAGAGUGAUCCAUACAUCAUUUUGAGUGUCGGAGCGCAACAAUAUCGAUCAAAAACGAUAAAUAACACCGUCAAUCCUAAAUGGGAGUAUUAUUGUGAGAUGCUCGUUGAGGAAUUAGGGCAAAAACUAAAUGUGGUUUUGUACGACCACGAUGAUGCGCCUAGAGCUGAUGAAUUCCUUGGCAGAUGUUCCGUGGAUUUGAGCGUGGUCAGCCGUGAGAAAACGAUGGACUUGUGGUUGGAUCUUGAAAAUGUGAAGAAAGGUCAAGUUCACUUGAAAUUGGAAUGGCUUGGAUUUACCGAAAAUCCCGUCGAUUUGAAAGAGUCCCUCGUGGACGCCCAAAUUCAUGGUCUUGCAUCUUGCAUGUUAACGGUGAAGCUGGAUUCUGCAAAAAAUCUUCCGGCUCUCGUGAAAAAGGGUGGCACUGGAUUCGGUAAACCCCGGCUCGUCAAGGAAGGCAGCAAGCCCGACCCGUACGCCAUCCUUUCCGUUGGAAAGGUUCAACACGAAUCGGUCACCCUGGACAAAACUGUGGACCCCGUUUUCGAAGAAACUAUGCACUUCCUCGUCCGCAACCCCCUCACGGACACGCUCCUCGUCAAAAUCAUGGACAAGAAAACAAACACGGAGCUCGGCUCGUUCAAACAAUGUCUUGACGCCGUUUACGGUCGACCGGAAAUGAAAAUGCGCAAGCAAAACUUUACCCUCAAUACGAAAAGUGAAGCUAAAGUGAAUAUGAGCAUGUCCAUUCAAGUGCUAAAACUUGGAGCGGCCGCACUCGGAGAAAAGUUAAGUAUGGAAGAGGACGAAACGGAUGAUGAAUUACAGCAACAACCACGUCCCGGAAGUUCUUCGUCCGAGGCGACGACGGCAAAUGUGGAGCGAUCAAAUUCCAACAUUUCUUCCUCCGAUCAGAAUAACAAAACGAUGAUAAAUGACGACGUUUCUGAAGGAAGUGGAUAUUCCGGUGGUGAAAGUAGAGAAUCGUUCAUCCGGAAAGAUGAGGGCAAACCGCUCCUCGCCGCGUCCCGGUCGCUCGAUAAGCCGGAAGACGAUAAAGGAAUGAAAGUCAGACUGACGAUUAGAUACAGCCAAACGUCUCAACAGUUGGUGGUUGUCGUGCACAGCGUUACAAACGUUCCGAUCGAGACUUCCGGAGAAUUGCCGGAUCCCUACGUGAAAUUGUACGUGUUACCCGAACGGAACAAGAAACAUAAGACGGAGGCGCAGAAGGACAAUUGCAAUCCGUUGUACGAUGAAAGAUUCGAAUUUCCAAUUAUCGACCUUCGUGGAAAAACGCUGGAGGUUACGGUGUGUGACAAAAAGUUUAUUAGGAGCUCGCCCAAGUUUGGAGACGUACUCAUUCCCUUGGAAGAGUUUCAACUUGGCACUGCGGUCACGAACUGGUAUCCGUUAACGCCUUGAAAAGGUUAUAAUUGCUGAUAUUUAAUAUUAUUAGCGAUAUUAUUGCAAGUUGCAAUUUACGACAGAUUUAAAGCUUUAAAAUCUCUUCGGAGAGAUUAUUCAUUACCACAAAAAAGGUCAAUACUGUACCCUUUCAAAUAUUGUUUUGCCAUACUCGUCUUUGUCUCAUUAAUUACAUAAUUACCAUGCAAAAAAGUACUACUGCAGAGUUACUUGCAUUACUUAUUAAUUUGUACAUAUACAUUCUUUUCUAUCGGGCUAUUUCAUUUAUUUUGCCAGCUUUAAGAUACUAAAAGUCCGAAAUUAUGAGUACUUUUUAAAGAAAAAAAAUAUAUGCAUAAUGAACUUAUUACCUGAUCUUGGUGCUCUUAGAAUAAAGUGCUUAAAAGAACUGUAACCUAACCUCUCUGAAACGGAAAUAAUGGUGGAAAUAUAUACAAGUAAUAUGUACUACUAAAAAAUCUCGGUAUUAUAAUAUGAGUAUUUAUUUAUAGAUAGAAAUUAAUUUGCCUAAAGUAGUUGUGUAGCUAACCCGAGUAAUUAAUUAAUAAUUUGUCAAUGUGAAUAAAGUCUGAUGAUAUAUGAAUACAU